GCGGCAUGUGCGUCUGCCCCUAUCCAAAUCUUCCAGAGAGGAUUUAAGCGCCGCUCAUCUUGAAUAAGUCGAGAAGUCAUUGAAGAUGAGAGCUCUGCAAACAUUCCUGUUCUUUGUCCUCCUGCACCAGGUCACAUGCAGGAAAGUGCGUGGAGGAGCCACAGAGCUCAUUGAGUGGGGGGACAGAGUUAAUGAACAGAAGACUUCUCCCAUGGGGGCGAGUCCACAGAUCCUCAACCCCCUGCGUUUGUUUGCCAGGGGCUCCCCGGGGUUCAAGAGCAACAUGAGGGAAGUGACAUAUUUACAGAACAUGGAGGACUUCUGGGACUGGUUAUCUAACCAGACAGAUGUUCAGGGUGCACAGGCCAGAACUAAACGCAGGCCCAUUGUCAAGACCGGCAAGUUCAAAAAGAUGUUCGGGUGGGGGGACUUCCACUCCAACAUUAAGACUGUCAAACUAAACCUGCUGAUCACAGGGAAGAUCGUGGACCACGGGAAUGGCACUUUUAGCGUUUACUUCCGCCACAACUCCACAGGCCUAGGAAAUGUGUCAGUCAGCCUGGUGCCGCCCUCCAAGGUGGUGGAGUUUGAGAUCGCCCAGCAGUCCACAUUGGAGACCAAAGACACCAAAUCAUUCAAUUGUCGCAUUGAGUAUGAGAAGACAGACCGCAGCAAGAAAAAUACCCAUUGCAGCCAUGACCCAUCCAAGGGGUGUUAUCAGGAGCAGACGCAGAGCCACGUGUCCUGGCUGUGCUCAAAACCCUUCAAAGUCAUAUGCAUCUAUAUAGCCUUUUACAGUGAAGACUAUAAACUGGUGCAGAAAGUAUGCCCUGACUACAACUACCAUAGUGACACACCGUACUCCUCCACAGGAUGACCUAGCUGUUGUUAGUAUGCAUCAAUCUUUUGUUUUACCAUUAAACAAUGUAAAUGUCAACCUCUUAGUCCCCAAACACCUAAAUACCUGAGCCAGUUUGCUGGAAGUGCAACCUGUAAUAGGGCACCCACUGGAGGGAUUUGGUGCAUUAUUACAAAGGUUUUGUAUAUAAUUCAGACAAGUAUAAAGCUCUAACACUUCAGAUAGUUAGGUGUCCAGGGACUUGGUUUAAGGGGUUGACUUGGGAUUCAGAGCUAGCUACCAACCCUGGGUGAUUCCUCCCCAUCACAACAGCACAUGUUCUCUGUAAACCACUAGUAAUUAGUAUGUUGUCCAGAUGUUUUCUUUAAGGCUAGACCAUAGGCAAGCAGCCUCCCAGUUGGAAGUACAUCACUGGCGUCUGUGCCAGUGCUGCACUGAUGCUAAC